UAGGGCCUUGGGGAUUUGCCAGACUAUGCCCACCCUACUUCGGUACAGAGCCAAGGAGAGGUGGAGAAACAGAGGUGAAGAAAGGCCGAGAAAACGUUGCAGACUUUCGCAAGACGAUGGUGUCCAAGCUAAUCUUGUUGUGCCUCCCGUUUUGUCUGGGGUUGUCAGCGCAAAUCGACUUGGACCUGUCUGAUCUACAAGGAGAUUCAAAAGCCGCAGACACAUUUUAUAUUCGUGACGUGGAACACCCAGUUCUUGGCCCGUCAAACUGCCAAUUUAGCGAGAUCAAAAGAUGCAACAAAAAGUUUAAAGAUAAUUUUCAUAACAUCGGAACAGUGCGCAACCAAGGGAACCACACCGUAUACUGCAAUGGUGUUCAGAGUUUCGUCACGUGUUUGACAAGAAGUAACUGUCGCGGACCGUUUAUCGGGAACUAUAGUUAUGUCGUGCUUCAACACGCGAUGAUGGACAAGAAGCUGAACAUAUGCCCCCAUCACCGAUACGGCAAGCUUAAAACCAGGCUCAAAGCCGUUGAAGAAAAACACAAGUUGAUAGACAGCAUAAGUGAAGACGAAGACGACAACUGCUCUCUGAAGGUGCACAAGUCGUGCGUGGAUCUGUUCACACAGAACAUGAAGACGAACAGCAAUAUGUGUCAAGACGUCGAGAAGUUCAUCACAUGUUACGUGGUGUCGUCCAAGCUUUGCCGGGCCAAGAUCGUUCAGCGCUUUGCACACUUGUGCGCUCAACUUGGCAAGCAGAUGUUGAAAGCGAACGAGAUUCACAAGGGGAUGAUGUGCUAGAGGGCCUGGAGACGAACUUUAACAUUCCAUCGAUAGUAAACAUGGGUUAUUGGUGGGACACGAUUUGACCAGGCGUCAUUAAGAAUUAAGAAUACUAUAAUUAAGAAGAUUAAGAAUAACAUCGCGAAUGUAUAGGGUAUAUCAAGAAAUCUAUGAAACAUUAAUAAAUACAGAUCGUUAUUAGAAUAAAGUGUUAAAUUGUCUAUGGAACUCAUUUUGACAUCUGCUGUGCACUUUGCUGAAUAAAUGGAAUUGGUCACGAGA